CACUACCAUGAAUGAAAACAAUGAAACCUUGUCCAGUGGUUUUACCCUCAUGGGGCUCUUCACUCACGAUAAAGGCUCAGGAUUCUUUUUCAGUGUCAUUUGUGCCAUCUUCUUCAUGGCCGUGAUAGCUAAUGGGGUCAUGGUCUUCCUGAUUAACAUAGACCCUCAUCUCCACACCCCCAUGUACUUCCUGCUCAGCCACCUCUCCCUCAUUGACACAUUAUACAUCUCCACCAUUGUGCCCAAGAUGCUGGUGGAUUACCUCGUGGGCCAGGGGACCAUCUCUUUCAUCGCCUGCACUGCUCAGUGCUUUCUCUACAUGGGCUUUAUGGGGGCUGAAUUCUUCCUGCUGGGGCUCAUGGCCUAUGACCGCUACGUGGCCAUCUGCAACCCACUGCGCUAUCCUGUCCUCAUCAGCCAGCGGGUCUGCUGCGUGAUCCUGGCCAGCUCUUGGUUCGGCAGGGCUUUGGACACUUUUCUCCUCACCCCCAUCACCAUGAGUCUCCCGUUCUGUGCCUCUCACCAAAUCAAUCACUUUUUCUGUGAGGCACCCACCAUGCUGAGGCUGGCCUAUGGGGACAAAACCGCCUAUGAGACAGUGAUGUACGUGUGCUGUGUUGCAAUGCUGCUGAUCCCCUUCUCAGUGGUGACUGCAUCCUACACCAGGAUUCUCAUCACAGUGCACCAGAUGACAUCGGCUGAAGGGAGGAAGAAGGCCUUUGCCACCUGCUCCUCACACAUGACUGUGGUGACAUUAUUCUAUGGGGCUGCCUUGUAUACGUAUAUGCUUCCCCAAUCCUACCACACCCCAAUCAAAGAUAAGGUCUUCUCUGCCUUUUACACCAUCCUCACCCCCUUAUUAAACCCUCUCAUCUACAGUCUGAGGAACAGGGAUGUGAUGGGUGCCUUGAAGAGAGUCGUGGCAAGAGGUUAAGGGACCUGUGGUGUGAUGAGGAAAGAAUUCUGAUCGUCUAAAACCUCCUCAUCCUGUUUAAGCAUAUAUGGGCUUGCAUCAAGGAUACCAUGGAUAAUGCUGACAGGAACUGCCAAUACCAGCUGUGCUAAAUGGUGUAUCAACAGUACUUCCAUCCAAAAUGUGAAGAUGCUGUAACAGUCACACACAAAUAAUGCCAGAGUUCUAGAAACACUGCUCGUGUUUAUUCUUUUGUUUCUACCGAUUCCAAGUCUUCUCUCAUAUCAGUUCUCCGAUUGCAGUUCAUGUAUAUGAAUGCCCCCAAAUGUUGAGUUAACAUGACAUAUUCUGCCCAUCUUCAAUGGCUCCAUAAGAACUGGUGAUUUUGACUAUAUUGUUUAAACAAUCCAUCAGUUGGCUUAUCAAAGAUAAGGUUCGAUGUCAGGGUUCGAAAGACAUAUGAAAGAGACUAAACUGUCAUAAAACUGUAAA